CAGUCUUCCCCUUGUUGUUUACGCAGUCACAGACUCACAGUACUUGCUUCUCUCCAGGAAGCAAAUUGCUCACCCCUACCCAUCUCAAUCCAGCUACUGACUCUGGUCGCAUAUCCAGUCAUUCAGAAUCUUGCUGUUGUCUUCCCGAAAGGUUCCACUUUGACAAAUUGAAGUUAAGAGGAGAUGGAGAACGACUCAGACAGCAGUACGGAUAUAAGUGACACAGAAAUGGAUGAGUACAAAGAUAAAAUUUAUGAAGAAAUCAAGGAAGGGAAGCAUAAGGUGCAGAACCCAGAUGAAACUUUUGCUUGCCCAUAUUGCCCAAAGAAGAGAAAGCAAGGCUACCUUUACAAUGAAAUUCUGCAACAUGCUUCUGGGGUGGGCAAGAGUACAGGUAAGAGAACAUGCAAGGAGAAAGCAAAUCACCUAGCUCUGGCUCAGUUCCUGGAGAAGGAUGUAACUGGGGCAUCAUCAUCCAAAUCGGUCCAGAAUGGUGCUGAUCCUUUAAAUGGUUGCAACCGCAAUGAGGCGUUUGUGUGGCCUUGGAUUGGAGUUGUUGUUAAUAUUCCUACCAGCAGGGCACCGAAUGGGAAAUGUGUAGGAGCUAGUGGAUCAAAGUUUAGGAAUGAGUUAAUUACUAGAGGGUUUAACCCAACUAGAGUUCGUCCUCUGUGGAAUUAUCAUGGUCAUUCGGGGACAGCCAUUGUGGAGUUCAACAGAGACUGGCCUGGUUUGCACAAUGCUCUUUCGUUCGAAAAGGCUUACGAGGCUGACAAUCACGGAAAGAAGGAUUGGCUUGCUGAAAAUGAGAACAAGUCAGGUGUUUAUUGUUGGGUUGCUCGGGCUGACGACUACAAUGCUACCAACAUUGUUGGAGAAAAUUUGAGGAAGAUUGCGGAUCUUAAGACCAUUUCUGAUAUCAUGGAUGAAGAAGCCAGGAAGCAGAAUAGUCUGGUGUCCAAUCUGACAAAUUUAAUUGAGAUUAAAAAUAAACAGGUGGAGGAGAUGGCUGAGAAAUGCAAGGAGGCGUCAGCUUCUCUCCAAAACGUGAUGGAAAAGAAAGAAACACUUUUGCAAGCUUACAAUGAAGAAAUACGGAAAAUCCAAGCAAGUGCGCGUGAUCACUACCAGAGGAUAUUUAAUGACCAUGAAAAGUUGAAGUCUCAAGUGGAAACCCAGAAGAAGGAGCUUGAGAUGCGCCAGUCACAAUUGGAAGAGCGAGAAGCUAAAAAUGAAAUUGAUAGAAAAACACUUCUGGAAGAGAUGGAAAAGAAUGCAACUAAAAAUAGUUCACUUCAGUUAGCCUCCUUAGAGCAACAGAAGGCAGAUGAGGAUGUAAUGAAAUUGGCUGAAGAUCAGAAGAGGGAAAAAGAAAAGCUUCACAAUAGAAUCCUCCAACUGGAAAAACAACUGGAUGUGAAACAGACACUAGAGUUAGAAAUAGAGCAACUCAGAGGCACUUUGAAUGUGAUGAAGCACAUGGGAGAUGAUGGUGAUGCUGAAAUUUUGAAGAAAGUGGAAGCCAUUAUGAAAGAUCUGAAAGAGAAGGAGGAUGAUCUUGACAAUGUAGAAUCACUGAACCAGACUCUCAUUGUCAAGGAGCGCAAGAGCAAUGAUGAGUUGCAGGAUGCCCGUAAGGAAUUGGUCAAUUGCUUGAAAGAUAUGUCAAUCCGUGGUCCUAUACGCGUCAAGCGAAUGGGAGAACUUGAUGGGGAGCCAUUCCUUCAAGCCUUGAGGAAAAAGUAUUCCGAGGACGAAGCAGACGAGAAAGCGUCAGAGCUUUGUUCGCUUUGGGUAGAGUACCUCAAAGAUCCAGAUUGGCAUCCUUUCAAAAGGGUUGUGGUUGAUGAGAAGCAUCAGGAAAUAAUUGACGAGGAAGAUGAACGACUGAGUGGUCUGAAGAAGCAAGUUGGCGAGGAAGCCUACAAAGCUGUGGCUUCCGCUUUGAUGGAGAUCAACGAAUAUAACCCCAGUGGGAGAUACAUAAUUUCUGAAGUGUGGAACUACAAGGAAGGUAGAAGGGCGACCCUGAAGGAAGGGGUCACAUUCCUGUUAGACGUAACUGCCAAGGCGUCCAGGACACUGGGGAAGGGCGAUAGAACUGCUAGAAACUUGUCGGCUCGAGGGCAAUCAGUCGACAAAAAUUGGAAGAACUGCUGCGAGAGAGUAGUCCCCGUAUUCCUGGAAGUUCUGAUAAGCAAUGAUGCUAUGGUUACGCUUGGAAAUAUUGUCUUGUACUCUAUGUACAUUUUUAUUAGGACUGUUUCUGUUACUGAAGUGGAAGCUACUCUAUUAGUGUCUAGAGGUAACCACAAUUUGCAACCAGUGAAGAGCCCCGACAACAUGAAUUUCUUAGGGCACCAAGACAGGACAGGAGCUCGAAUUCCCCCAUUCGAGGACCUCUUUGACAGAUUGAAACAGGAGGGGAAGAUGGAGCAGGAUCCUCAGUGCAGUACAGAUAUAAGCGAGUCAGAAAGAGGCGAGUAUGAACAUCAGUGUUACGAAGAACUGAAGAACGGGAAAUACAGGGUUGCUACUCCCGACGGGACAUAUUCUUGUCCAUACUGUCCCAAGGGGAGUAGGCAAGACUAUGCUUACAUUGACAUCUUCCAACAUGCUUAUGGAGUGGGCAAGAGUCAGUCAGCUAAAAGGACAUGCAAGGAGAAAGCAAGUCACCAGGCAUUGGCGAGGUACUUAGAUAAAAUCAUUGGUGGUCCAUUAGCAAAGCCAAACCUUCUAAUUUAUAAUCUAAACAAAGAGAAUAUUCAAAAUAAUCGCACCGCCUCUUUUGCUUGCCCCUAUUGUCCCGAUAAGAAGAAAGAUUACCUUUUCAAUGAGAUCCUCCAGCAUGCUCUUGGUGUGGCAAAUAGUGGCUCUGAUAAAAGAACAAGUGAAGAGAAAGAAAAUCACCUGGCAUUGGCUAAGUACUUGGGAAAGCAUAUGCCAGGACCAUCAGUAAAACAGAAAGUUAAUGCUGCUCCAGAGAAAGUGAAAGUUGAAAAUGGAGGUCCGUGUUCUUUUGCUUGUCCACACUGUUCCAAGAAGAGAAAGCGAGAAGACCUUUACAAUAUGUUCCUUAAACAUGCUUCUGAAAUGGGCAUGACUAAUUUCGCUAAAAGAGCUUGCAAGGAGAAUGUAUAUCACUCGGCAUCGGUUAAAGACUUGGGGAGUGAUAAAGCAGGCCCAUCAGGAAGGCCAAAAGGUCAACACGAUCCUGUAAAUGGUUCCGACUAUGACGAUGCAUUUGUCUGGCCUUGGACUGGUGUUGUGGUUAAUAUUCCUACCGCCAGGACAGCUGACGGGCAGCUCUUAGAGGAAUUUAAUGGAUCAGAGUUUAAGGAUGAACUUGUGAGGAGAGGCUUUAAUCCCCUUGGAGUGCUUCCGCUGCACAAUUAUCAAGGCCAUUCAGGAACUGCCAUUGUAGAAUUUGAUGGAGAUUGGCCUGGUUUAUAUCAUGCUAUUUCCUUUGAAAAGGCUUAUGAGGCUGAUUUUCAUGGGAAGAAGGAAUGGAUUGCUAAUAGUGAGGACAAGACAGGCAUUUAUUGUUGGUUUGCCCGUGCCGAUGACUACCAUGCAACCAACAUAGUCGGGGAACAUUUAAGAAGAACGACAGAUCUUAAAACAAUUCCCGAGAUCAUGGAAGUUGAGAAUAAGAUGCAUGAAAAACUUGUCUUUAGUCUAAGGAAUACUCUGAAGAUGAAAAAUAAGAAGUUGGAGGAGAUGACUCUGGGAUGCAAGGAGGCCUCAAGCAUUCUCAAGAACUUGAUGGAAGAUAAAGAAAUGGAUAUUCAGGCUUACAAUGAAGGGAGAAGUCGCUUGCUCCAGACAGCUCACUUGAAUGAACCAACUACAAGCGAAGAUUUGUUGAAAUUAUCUGAGGAUCUGAAGGAGGAAAAGCAAAAGCUUCACACUAGAAUCAUUCAUCUGGAGAAGCAACUGGAAGCAAAGCCCAAUCUCGAAUCAGAAGUAGAGCAACUUAGAGGUGCAUUGAAUGUGACAGGGGAGAAUGGCGAGGCGGAAAUUCUGGAGCAGGUGGAUGUGAUACUGAAAUGUUCGAGAGAACAGGGAGACGAACUUGACAGCUUAGAAGCAAUGAAUCAGACUCUUAUUGUCAGGGAGCGGAAGAGCAAUGACGAGUUGCAAGAUGCCCGUAAGGAGUUGGCUAAUUGUUUGAAAGAAAUGUCAACAUACAGUGGUGAUAUACGUAUUAAGCGUAUGGGAGAACUGAACAGCAGGGCAUUCCUUAUAGCGAUGAAGAGAAAGUACAACGGGGAAGAAGCUGAAGUCAUGGCAGCAGAGCUUUGCUCAUUGUGGGGAGAACAUCUGAAAGAUCCAGAUUGGCAUCCUUUUAAAGUUGUAACAAUUGCUGGAAAGCAUCAGGAAGUAAUUGAUGACGAAGAUGAAAGAUUGAAAGGACUGAGAGAAGAGGUCGGGGAAGAAGCUUACGAAACGGUCGCUUCGGCACUAACGGAGAUCAAUGAUUAUAAUCCCAGUGGAAGGUACAUGGUUUCUGAGGUGUGGAACCAGAAAGAAGUUGAGUCGCAGCGUUUCGUAGGCGUCGUCUCCAUCUCCGUCUUCCUCGCUCCUCAGUCCACUGCUGUACUGAUCAGAGUUCCCGGAGAAGCUCCCGAGUUCAUCAGGAAAGCUGGGAGCCUGGUGGGGAACCUCGCAAGGACGAUUGACUGCAAAAACAAAGAUUUAAGGGAGUUGGAGAACAAAUACGACAAGGUUAUGAGGGAUAAUGCUCGUCUUCUUCAAGCACAAGCUGAAGGUACCAAGGAAAUUCAGCUUCUUAAGGCUCAAAACAAAAGUCUGCAACAAAAUCUAGAUUCUCAGAAGAUUGAAAUCCAGAUGCUAGAGUGUCAAGUUGCUCGCGGCAAGAUUGAGAAAGAGCAGGGAUUGCGUGAUUUCUUGGAUGAUCAGAGCGGAAUUGGGAUUAAGAACAUGGGAGAAGUCAAUCCAAAAGCUUUUGAAGAAGUUUGCUUGAAGAAAUUCCCUGUGGAGUCCGAGGCAAGAUUGAUGGGGAUCUGCUCAUUGUGGCAGUCUCAAGUUAAUAACUCAGAAUGGCGUCCCAUCAAGCUUGCACUUAUUGAUGGCAAACAUCAAGAAGUGAUAGACGAGGAUGACCCAGAACUGAGGAAGUUGAGGACGAAAUGGGGCGAGGGGCCUUACAAUGCAGUAGCGAAUGCAUUAAUGGAAUUGAACGACUACAACCCAAGUGGAAGAUAUGUAGUUCCUGAACUCUGGAACUUCGAGGAAGGAAGAAAAGCCACGCUACAAGAGGCAAUAAAGUCUGUAUUUGAACGAGCGAAGACCUUCAAAUCUCCGAAGCGAAAGAGAUCACAAAGCAGCAGCUUGCAGCUAGUUUAAAUUUCUCUUUGAACAGAUUGUAGAUGUCCAGACUGUCGCUCCCUCUGCAUUUAUAUACCACUGUAGCUCUUUGAUAUGUUGCCAUGACUCCAGACUUCAAUAUUGUUACUUAGCUAUAUCGAGAAUAUUGUCUGAUAAUGGGUACAAAUUGAUCUCUUGCCAUU